UUUUACCGAGGGUGUCGCUGUAAACGACGCUGUUAAUGAAGUUGUUGUUGUAAAUGACUCAGAUAACUCAUGCGAGACCGAUCAGGACACUUCACAAAGUCGUGUCUGCAAAAGUAACGCCAUCUGUUCAAAUAUUGAGGAACUUAAGACCGGCCAGACUAUUAACACAGAAGCCAUACAAACACUAUCCGAUUCACUUGUUCAUAUAACCGAAGUUCUUGCAAAACUUCAAGAGAAUAUGAAUAAAAGUCGGAGAAACACCGAGCUUCAAGUUGAGAAAGAACCUACUUAUAUGCAAGAACGAAUUGCUGAGCAAGAGCUAAAUAAUAAAGAGAAUACUAUUGAAACCAAUGAAGCGAGCGAAUCAAAUAACCUUAACACGGGAGAAACCCCUAAACACUUAAUCCCUUCAUCCCUUUCUUCGUAG